AUGGUCUUUUUGCGCUACAUCCUCUUUGUGAUCUUCCUUGUGAUCGAGAGUGUGCUGCUCCCUUUGUGGACUUUGGUUCCCAACGGCGACUGCGACCCAGCGUCGUCUCUGGAGGAGACGCAGAGCUGCGGCCCGGAGAGCCUGGUUCCUACAUCGGAAGGGAAUUUUCCCGCUCACGCUGACCAAGCUGAAACGCAUAUCACAGAUUCUUGGAGGACAUCAUUCGAAGGACGCCCAUUUCCUUCGCAGGAUAGCAGUAGCAAUGGCGUCAACGGAAAGAGCGCCAUGGAAAUGCAGAGGAUGCAGGCAGCUGAGGAAGCACAAUGCUCUCUACUGCACCAACUGCCAACAGCCAUGGCAAAAUGUAAUCGACCAGUCCUAUGUGCAUGGCUCGAAGCAGACAUCGCAUCAGGACCAAGGCCAGCAUUACAACUCGCCGUGGCAACAGCAGCAAGACUGGCAAGCUCAUUGGAACUCAUCGAACCCACGGGGACGUACACCCUCACCGAGGCAACGACAGAGACCAAAGAGCGCCAAGGGAAACAAGACGCCAAAGCAGGAGCAACCACCAUUGAUGCAACAAGCACCUCAAAUGAUGAUGCCGCCCAUGGCCCCUCAGGCCUACAUGGGCACAAUGCCUCAGGUGCCUGCGAUGUAUCCCCAACAAGUUAUGCCAUUUCCCAUGCCGCCGAUGCAGGCCAGCAUGCCCCCGCUGCCUCCGCCACCGACCCAAAACAUGGCGAAGAUGCCCAUGCCCAUGCCAGGACAUCCGCCCAAUAUGAGUGGCGCCUUUGCGCCAACGAUGCCAACGAUGCCAGCUCCAGCGAUGCCGAAGAUGACAACGCUGCCGAUGCAGAAGUCAGAGGCUUGAUGUCCAUGAUGAGGGGAAGGCAGGCAGAGUUACCGGAGGACAUGCAGCAGAAGAUUCAAAAGGUGCUCACCAAGUUCGGACAACAGACUUCGACCGAUCUCCAUGCAGCCGUGACAGCCCUGGACACAGCCAGACAGAACUACGACGAUGCGGUUUUAGCUCGAAGUCAACAUCAUGCGAUGUGGAAAAAGUUUCUGUCAGAUGCCGUGCAACUUUGGCAGACAUACGCUACACAAUUCAUGGAGCAGGAAAAGAAGUUGCAGGAGCAAAAGGACUUGGAGACCUGCAAACAAGCAAAGCUGGGUGCCGGAGAUGUGCAACACAUCACGUCAGACGACGAGACAGAGGACCCAGAAACGACAGCAGCCAUACAAGCCUCUGCCAAGAUCACAGAGACGAUGGAAGGCCUGGCAACCUCCCUCCAAUCUCUACAUCAAGAAGCAGAGGCAAUGAUUGCAGAAGAAAAUCAAGCGGCCAAAAGACAACGCACUAUGCCGCCCAAAGAAGAAGAUCAAACUAUGGAGCCUGGCAACGCAUCCUUGCAGUCUUUUGGUAAGGCUGUAGACAGAUAUGCCAUUGAAGGCCAUGUUGCGGUUCUCAAAUGGUCCCACAGCAUUGUCGAGGAGCACAACUUCAUCAAUGAGUACGCCGCCAUUGAGAAUGCGCGCUCCCUGGCACUUGACUUGGGCUCCUACAAUGGCAUUUUCGGUGACACAAAAUCCUAUACUGCCACAUCCAGCUCUUCAUCAUCUCGUCGAAGCUUGGGUUUUGCUUCUGACGUUGACGUUCUGAUGGGACUGGCCGACGAGCUCACCAUGUACAAGAUCACCGUUCCCGACUCUUGUAUUGGCGCAGGAAUCAUGCCCUGGAGUGCAGGUCUGCUCAGAGGAGGUGAAUAUUCCCCUAUGACUCAAUGCACGACAGAGGACCACCCACAUGGUGAGAAUUCCUUCCAGGAACAUGCCACAAGUGACAGUUCUGACAUCCCAGUCGAGGCAGCCAAUUUGUUCCCGAAUAUUGGUUCUGCCACCAAUUUUGAAGCUGAACAACAAGGAAAUGCCCAAGGAGAAGCACGGAUGCCACCUUGGGGACAAAGCAUCCUUCAAUUGCUAGAAGAAGAGGGAGUGGAUGAUGACAAUGAUGACGGACCUGUCAUUAUGGUCAGUUCUUUCUACAUCAAUCAUGAGAUGCACAGAUUCCAUGAUGAGCCAAGAAUCUUGCGAUUUGACCAAGAAUUUCAAGAAUGGGAAGCUGAUGUGCGGUUCAUAUGGGAGGGGAUGGUGGACAAUCAGGCACCCUUGGACAUUGUCAUAGUGCGUCCUGAACCACCACAUAUCCCAUUCAGAGGAACAGUGGCCACGGUCAUUGUGCACCAACACCUUCGCCCAGACAGAGCAGCGUGCCUUAUCACUGCCGUGCACAUCAUGGAUCCUGUGACCACUUUCCGACACUCAGCCCAUUCGACAGAACUCUUCCUCACUCACGCAGGAGUCCGACAACUGGCGGUUUUGGACCACAUCUGUCUACAUCGUGAACAACAAGGAGCUGGACAAUGCACAGUUCACACUGGUCACCAGCUCCUACCAGACGGUCAGGACAUUGCCAUCUUUCAUGGAAUGAGUCUGUACAUCAGCAUACCAUCUACUCUCUCCAUAGAGGAAGCAGAACAAAAUCUCUGUCGAAGAAUUCAGCAACAGCGACAACGAAGGCAAGGAAACAGAUGGGAUCCACCUGAAGCUCCUGAAGGUCAGCCCGAAGAAGAGCGACCACUACCCACACACACAGAAGCGAUGGGACAUGAUCAGGACCCAGAAGAUACCAUCUCUUUCAUGAGCAGACGGCCGACCAGACCAUCCAGACCUUCUAGACGUGCUCCUAUUGAAGUAUCGUCGACAUCGACCUCACCAGAGACGAUCUCCUCGACCGACAUUGGACUGGACUGGAGACAGACGGUCAUCUUCACCAUGGACGGCCUGUCCACGUCUGCACAACUCCCUUGGAGUGAUCCUGAUGCUCUUUUCAGCCAGAUUGCAGCAGCUGUCAAUAUAGCAAGAAGGGACAUUCUUAGAGUUGUGGCGGUACAUCACAAACCGCCAGACUAUGGUCCGGUCAACUUACAUUGCAUGCUUCUCCAGAAGUCGACAGAAUUCAGACCCACACCAUUUGUACGGCUGAUUCUGGUUGACCGAGAAUUACAUGUUCCGCAAGAUGUUCAAACUUCACCAUUUCGAAGAUUUCCAACUUGGAUACCACAUGUCCUCACGAGAGCUGGACUGCUUACAGAACUUGGCCUUGGAGAACUCUGUGACCGACAAGAUUCGCCCUGUCAUGUAUGGCAAAACAACGUUCUUAUCGAGGAGCACAACACCGCUCGCUUGCACAUUGCAGAUGGCGAUUAUGUCAGACUCUUUGUCGGGGAGAUGGAGAGCUCAGCGACAUGCCUUUCCGACGCUGAACUACGACAAGGAGAAAGUUCAGAAGAGGCAGCUAUCACAGAGGACCCUGACGAUGCCUAUCUAUUCCAGCGGACAAUGCAAAGACUGGGACAUGAUUGCUCUCAAUUCUUGCGUCAAAUGGAGCCGCAAACAUGUAAGGUUGCACCUGAUCAUGUUACCACAGGCAGACCUCUGCAUCUACCUGGAGCAGCGCAGCCAGAACGACGACCUGCUGCACCUACCCAGGACUUUCAUCAAGGAGACCUCCAACGUUUGAGGACUUGGUUCGACAGAGAUGCCCUCAUUGAAUGCAGCGAUGAAGGUGAAAUCGCGUACAUUGAUACGUGGUAUAUUCAUCAUCAACGACAAAGCAUCUGUCGGGAAGCACGACCCCUCAGGCUUGGUGCCGAUCCCACCAGUUGGAAAAGUGAUGUUCUGGAUCUAUGGCAAGACAUUAUCGACCCCAGCAUGGCGACUACAAUCCACCUGGUACAACCACCUCCACCAUGUGCCAUGACUGAAUGUGUCCUUGCUCAUCUGAUCUUGGAACAAUCGACCCGACCUCAACACAGUGUGGGACUCAUCACCAUACAUACCCGUGAUGGACAUGGUGACACCACUAGACAUGGAGCUUACUCCCUUCCCGACAUCAUGACGGAACGAAAUGUCCUGCACCUUGCGGAGAUGUUCAUCUAUUGCCAGGCGAGACUCUGUGCAGUUAGACUUGGAGCUCUACCUUUUGGUCUUGCAGACUGGGUUGAAAUACCAAGAGCGGCCAGCUUGGUCAUACACAUCAGACCACUCAUCCUGCCGCAGGAUGAUGAUGAUGCAAUGGAGCUCAUGCAACGCUCACGAACGCGCUGGAGAAGAGAGACACCCCCUGACGAGGGGCUUGCCACUUCAUCGACGGCUCGAAGAUGUGCGCGCUUCACUUUCAAUCCGGGAGCUCCAAUUUUCAACCCAAUGGCUCCGAACUUGAAUACAAUGCCCGAGGACAUUCAGGAACUACAUCAACAUUGGCUCCGCACAGCAUUCAGCUGGGAAGGAGAGACAGCAUCGACUACGAUACAGACGUGGUUCGUGGACCAACAUGACCAAAAUUUUUGGACCUGCACGCGACCACGAAGAGUUCGACUUUAUGAGGACUUCACACAAUGGGAGGCACAAAUCAAACGGACAUGGCAGGAUGUCCUGAAUCCAACUGCACCAGCCAUUAUCCAGGUUGUGACCCCCAUCCCGAUCAAUGCCAACCGCGAAACAGCCGCACAUGUACUCCUUAUUCAACGGCCACAUGAUGUAUUUGCUACGGUAUUGGCAACGGUGGUUGACUUCAGUCAAGCAAGGCGCACUGUCACGAUGCAACUUGCUAUUACCACCCAUGAACACAUGUAUGCACAGAACCUUCUGAUGUCUUUGGGUCUGGCAGGUCAAUGCCUUGUCACUGGCGCGCCCAUGACAUGCCAGAUGUGGUACGAUCGAUAUCUCAUCCAGCUUGGAACUUCGGAGGACGAGGAACCCCUGCCUGACACUACCGGCAUUGUCUACAUCCAUUGGCCCCCCACCUUCAGAUCUUCCACUCAUCUCCCACAGUUUGUGGAAGUUGCAGCACCAGGAACAUCUGAACAAGUUCGACAAGAACUAAGUUGCAUGGGAUAUGAGGGCGAUGUUUUUCCCUGUGGACAACAUGAUGCAGUCUACUUUCACCCACGCAUUCUCGACAAGGAAAUGACCUAUGUCUACUGCAAUCAGGACUGCACUGCCAAAAAUGGUAUACAUGUACAACAUGGGAAACCAGCAGAUGAAGACAUUGUUCACAUGAAGAUGCUCUAUCAGAAGGGAUACCACAAGGCAGUCAUUGUCCACAGAGAGACACUAAGCAAGAAUGUCAUCAUCCUGCAUUUCAGAAAUGUUGAACCUCAUCAAGAGCAUGAAGAACGGCCACAGAGAACGCGAUCCCCCUGGCCUGAGAAUCAGCCCUUGCAGAUCAACAUGACCAGACCCUUUGCAGCCAAACAAUUUGCGAACUCCAGCCCAGACCACUUGAUUGAGUUCAACUGUCAGGAAUUACAUGUUUUCUUCAUGGCGCCGCAGAUUGACCUCAUCAAGGAUGUUUCGCAUUAUGAUGUGCCAGAGUUCAUACAAUCUGCCCUCCAAAAGUGCAAGCAGCUGGAAAGACAUGACCGUCUAGUGAUUUACACAGACGGAUCUUCGCAGUGCCGCAGGAGACACAACUCACCUUUGUGGACGGAUCUCCACGACAUCAGCGACUCAUGGUGCUUUGCAGUCUUUGCUGAACAAUAUGAUGGACCAUUCAAUGCAGAUGGACCACACCUUGAAUUUAUCGGGCUGACGUGUCAACAGAUUCUGUAUGAAGCAGACCGCCCGCACCAUGGACAGCAAGGAGUCGAGCUGUGGCUUAACCUGGAGCAACCAUAUGGAUGGCGCAAUGGCAAACCACUCUGCUUUGACAAAUCCCAUGUUGUUGUGACACACACCAGUCCUCGCUACCUCAUCGCGCAUGUCCAAAAUGAGUACCUGAAUUUCUGGCUCGCCGUUGCGUAUGCACCGCAAAGUGGCAUCGCACACAAGGAAAGAGAAGAAUGGUGGCACGACUUUCAGAUGCUUCUGCAGGAAGCAACUAGCGGACAUGACAUCGUGAUCAUGCUUGAUGCCAAUGCUGCUACGGGCAGUAAUGAUGACCAGCACAUCUUCCAGUUUGACGACAAAACCACAAGUGGUACUCCAUUCUUACGAGAGCUGCUCACAGCCCAUGGCUUGUGUUUGCCAGCUACAAGUGGUUGCCAUCAAGGUGAACAUGACACGUGGAUCUGUCCUGCCACGGAGCGUGGACACCGUAUUGACUUUGUCGCCAUUCCCAUCUCUUGGCUGGGAACUUGCACUCUGUCAAGAACAAUACCUGAACUUGACCUUGGCAACAUUGGGGACCAUACAGCCGUGGGCCUUGAAGUACAGUGGAAGCAAUACACAACCAUGACGAGCAGCCGUCGCACGCGACAGCUUGCAUUUGACAGAGGUUCCAUUCUCACGAGCCCAUUGAAGAUGUCUUUGCUGGCUUACAUUCCGCCUGAGUGGUCUACUGACAUUGCUCAACAAGUUGAACACUGCAAUGAUCAUCUCCAGCAAGUUUUGAAGAAGCAUUGCCCUCGCCGACGACAAGGUCCGAAAAAGCCGUUCAUCACAGAGGAGAUCUGGCAACUGAGAACGCAGAAGAUCCAGACUGGGCGUCGGGCACGGCAACUGCGACGAAUGCAAUAUCGCGAACUGCUGGCACAAGUCUUCACCCUUUGGAAGCAAUCCCCGACAGAACCACAAGGAGAACUACCAGGAGAAGACUUUAACAUUUCACUCUGGUGUGCCCGCCUUAAGCUGGACGUCAAGUACCAACUCACUAAUUGCAUUCUACGCAGAAGACUGAGACAAGCUCGAGGACAAGCACUACACGAUGCCAUCGACGCAUUGCCAGCUGACUCUCAUUCAAGACCAGUUGACCACGGGCUGUUCUCCGAAGUACAUCCACAAGCCAUGCAACAUCACAUGGGGCCCACGUGGAUGGAUGACUUGUGCAUCACCCUGUCAGCACAGAACGCACAGGCCAUUGAACUUCAAGCCAGCACCGCAUGCGGCAUCCUGCUGGGUGCAUGCAGAUACCACGGUGUUACACCAAACCUCCAGAAGGGUAAAAGUGAAGUCCUAUUCAGCUUUCGUGGCAAAGGCACGCGUGCCCUACGUCAGAAAUACUUCGGCCCACACAGUUCAGGCCAGUUGCACGUUUUGACUGAGAGUGGUGCCCAAUACAUCUCGUCGACGACCAAGCUUCCUGAUCCAGCUCUCAAUUUUGCGGCCUGGGAAAAUGUUCUCCGCUACCACCGCACAUACUGGAAAAGACUCCUACAAAGGGCCACUAAGCUGGAAAUCCUUCACAAGGAAGAUCAUGCUCUACUCCGACUUCAUCGAGAAGCCUUUCAACAUCUGGAGGCAACCGGCCCUUUGGCAUAUCGACCGCAGCAUUAUCAUCGAGCCCCUGAUCAGGACUACGAGGUAUAUGGCUGCAUGACAUGCCGAAAAAGAUUCCGGAGUCAUGGAGGAGAGGGGGCCCAUCUAUUCAGAGCUCACGGCAUCGUUGCGCCCAUUCGCUGGCUCUACAAUGGUACUUCGUGCCCAGCUUGCCUACGUGAGUACCACACCUUCGCCAAGCUACAACAACACCUGCGAUGUACAGAGGAAUGCCGACAUCUCCUUCAAGGACAAUGCCGACAUCCAGUCCCUGCGCCAGGCAAGGGCUCUAUAGAGAAUGAGCAGCUGCACCAACGACAUGAUGGGCUACUGCCACCUCUACAAGCACACGGACCGCAUGAUGAACGACGAUACCCCCAAGAAGAUGACAGAUAUCACCUACACCUCUAUGAGACCUUGGUCACCAGAUGCUUCGAUCAUCAGGACCACCCAGACUGCGACCUCUUCGAUGCCCUGCGGGACAAGAUCAUGGAGCAGACAGUGAGUUGGACUAUGACGAAACGCACACUCCACUACAUUGCGGAAGUGCUGACGGACGAGGACGCCCAACUGGCCGAGCUCGACCUCGUUGACUGGAGGCAGAUCCUGUACCGUCUGGCAGACUAUCGCAAUUGGAGCUUCCUUCGAGAAGACCUAUGCGAACCAGCCUGCAUGAGUGAUCUCCACCUCGAGCAUUAUGAAAACUGGUGCCACGAGCUGAAGAAGUACCCGAAUGACCUGACUGCGCACAGAAAUGAGGCGUGA